AUGUCCUUGUGUUCGUUUGAUGGGAAGGCCGGCGCCGUUGCAGCUCUGAUCAUCGCAGCCAUAGCAGCGAUCGAAGUACCACAACGCGAAGGGGCUGACAUCAUGGCUGUUCUUCUCGAACUGUUGCACAGGCAAGACAAGAUCUCGCCUGCCGUGUCAAUCCUGACGGCUAUGGGCUACAUAUACGAGCAGGUCGAUCCUACCUUAUUGUCAACUAAGUUGGACGAUGUUCUGAGUGUUGUCACUCCUACUCUGGCUAAGCGUGGGCCGAAAUCAAGCGAGAUUCAAGCCUCCGCCAUGAACUUGCUCUACAUCUUGCUCCCCUUCAUGCAGAAGAAUUUUGAGGAAGAGAAGCAGCGCGACUGUAUAAUGGAGAUCAUUCAUAACUCAGCGUGUGACCCCCAUGUCGGCACUCAAGUCAAGGCUUUCGAGUGCAUGGCUCGUUGCGUGACGAUGUACUACGGGAAGAUGAGAGUCUACUUGGAGGGCGCUUUCUUGAAGAUGUCCGCGGUUGGCAUGCAGUCAAACGUGGAAGAUGUAGCGUUGCGCGCAAUCGAGUUCUGGACGUCUGUCGCCGAGGAAGAGGUACAGCUUGAGGAAGAUUAUCAAGACAUGCUUGCCGGCUUGGUUGAAGAUGUGAUAGAGCAGCCAGGCUACUAUUGCAUGGCGGCAUCGUCUACGAUUGUUCCCGUGCUCUUACUGCUUCUCGCGAGGCAGGAAGAGGACGCCGACGCUGAAGAGUGGACCAUCUCCAAGGCGGCUGGCGUGUGCCUCAGCUUUUUUGCAUUAGCCACUAAAGACGCGAUUGCGCCAGGAGUUAUUGACUUCGUCUCAGGCCACAUCCAUGACCGAGAUUGGCGUUUUCGCGAGGCGGCGAUCACAGCUCUGGGAUCUAUCAUAGCAGGUCCAGCACCUAGCACGCUCAUGAAGUCUGUGAACGCUGCACUGCCAAUUCUCUUCGAUCUGAUGGGAGAUCCGCAUGCAGGCGUGAGGGAGACGACGUCAUGGGUACUCGGUCGUAUCUGUCAAAAUCUCCCGACAUAUCUCGACCCGGCUGACCACAUCCCUAAACUCGUUGCUGUGCUUACACGUGGUUUGCAUGCGGAGGAGAGGAUAACCAAUAAUUGCUGUUGGGCGCUCAAAGACCUCGUGGAUGGUAUCUCUGCGUCCCACGAGAGACCUGAAGGCAUGGUUGGGAAUACGAUAAGCAUAAGCCCCUUCAUCUUUGAUGUUGUGUCGACUCUAAAUGCACUAACCGCUACGGCGCUGCAUCAAUCAGACUAUCGCACUGCGGCGUAUGAAGCUAUCUCUGCAUUCGUCAAUGCCGCGACACCCGAGGAGCACACACAGGUGUUGGCGGGCGUCACUCUCAUGGCUCUCGAACGCAUGGAAGCUUUGUUAUCUAGCGACAACCGACCCUCAGACACGGAUGGCUACAAUAAUUGGGAAGACCUUCAGGCGAAUUUGUGCACAGUGCUCGCCGCCAUUAUCCGCAAAGUCGGGCCGGGCAUGGCAGAUCUAGCCGAGCGUAUCAUGAAGGACAUCACGGAUCUCAUCACAAGCGCGGACUCAGCGAGCGUUGUUCUGGAGGAUGCGUUCAUUGUCGCCGGCAGCCUCGCUGCAGCCAUCGGGACUAAGUUCCAGCCGCAUGCUGAAACAUUCUUGAGGUUACUCUACCCCGCUCUGGUGGCGCAACAGGACGCCCGACUCUGCGAGAUUGCGGUUGGUGUCAUUGGCGAUAUCUGCUCCGCUCUGAAGCGUCAGAUCAAGCCAUAUGUCGAUGCCAUCGUGGAGGUUCUACUGGCAAACUUGAAAAACGAGAAGCUCGCAUACGGGGCCAAGCCGAUCAAUCUAGCAUGUUUGGGAGAUGUAGCCAUGGCUGCUGAAGGCGACUUCGCGCCCCACAUCGGACCUGUGAUGACAGUGCUCUGCGAGGCGGCAACUGCGCAACCAGAGUCAUUCAGUCCCGACGUCAUUGAAGCGUUGCGGGAGGCCAUCUUGGAGGCUCACAUGGGUGUCAUCGUCGGCUGUAAGCUGAACCCUGCAUCCGACACAUUACGCCCGCACGUCGGCACGAUCCUCGACGCAUGUAGGACCGUGCUCCUGGAUAAAAGCAGCAGUGAGGACCUAGAUAAGCUCGCAUAUGGAGUCAUCGGAGAACUCGCGGAUUGCUUCCAGGAUGGAAGUAUAGCAUCGGUACUCAACGAGCAACAGUGGCUCCGGGACGCAUUUGAGACAACGGUCGUGUACUCGAAGGACACACGAUACGCGAUACGGUGGGCUAAGGGCGCGACAAGGCGGGCGGUGGCGCAAGAUGUUGUGAGUUCGAACAGCGCGUAG